GGGACCUGCUUGUAUGAUUCUGUACAGCUUCCUGGAGAUGCAUGACUGGAAAGCUAGCGAUGAGGAGAUCAAGACCGCCUACAAGAAGGUUGCUGUUCGAUACCAUCCAGACAAAGUCGAUGAGCAGACGAAAGGAGAUGCCCACGACAACAUGCUGUGCAUAAAUGCCGCCCACGAUGUACUGCUCGACAAGACAGCUCGCGCCAAGUACCACAAGGAUGGCAACCUUCCUACAGUCUUCUCGCAUGUCUUUCCAGACUUGUUCCCACGUGUCUAGGUACGUCUAUUCAUGCGCUUGAUCGUUGUUGCAAAUGCUAACCCUUCAGAUGUGGAGACUUGACGGAUGCUGUACGCAGUCGAGGGGAGCGUCUUUGCGAAGGGCCAUUGUAUCGACUACUAGUACAAUUUCCGGCAACAAUGGAGUUUAAUCGGCAUAUCGAAUUCAAUACAGUUGUUGGAGUACGCCGGCGAUAAUACUGAGGGUUCAAGGGCGGUCGAAGGUGGAUGACAAGUUUGCCAAAUGUUGGAACUUGUGUUUCGAGUGAGUGGGAAUGCCGACCUUGUUCGGCAGCAUGAAGCUGCACUAUUGGUGUGCCUUCCAUCGAAACAGCAAUGGUGCUUUGAAAAAAAAUUGUUGGAUAGUUGACUGUGCCACGCGGCUGCUUGUGAGAGAGGUUUCGAUGAGCUUGUGUUGAUCAGCGUUGCUGGGGUCAUUCGGACCUGCAACGAUGCUCAUCGCUUCGUAUCAUCAUGAACA